AUUUGCGACAGCUUCCACAUGGCAGUCGUGUGUGUUCAUGUGCUGUAGGAUUUCUUCAAUUGUUUUAGGGAUUUUAUUAUUAUUAUUAUUAUUAAAAUCUUAACGUUAUGGGAAAGACGAAGAAUGCGAGGUUUAAGCGCGAGAAGUUUUCUCCAGAUGGACUUCCGGUAAAAGCAGUGAAACGCGCUGCUGAAGAUGAUGAAGAUGAAGUUGAGUUUCCACAUGUCGAAUUAUUGGAAAAGCUGCGGAGUCCGAAUGCAGAUAUGCGCGAGUACGCGUGUGCAAGUAUUUCUCGAGUGGUUCAGCAGAGUCAGACGAUCCCAGACUUCCUGCACAGAGACGCGGUGAGGAGGUUGGGGCCGCUUCUUCUGGACAGCAGCCUGACGGUCAGAGAGACGGCAACCGGAGCGCUCCGGAACCUGAGUGCGUGUGGAGGACCGGAGGUGUGUGAGGACAUGGUGAGGCAGGACAUCCUCACUCCUCUCACCGCUCUGCUGAAGGAGUGCUGUACGGGUGUUCAGGUGAACUCCAGUCCCGUGAAGAAGGAGCAGAAACCCACAGUCGAUGAUGUAGCCAAUGAAGCUGUGAACUUACUGUGGAAUCUCUGUGAGAGCAGCAGUAGAGCAGUGUCGGUGUUUAAUAGGGCGAGACUCCUGGACGUUCUGUUGCCGUGCAUCGAGAAACAUCCACACAACGUCCAGCUCGCUUUGUCAGCAGCACACUGCUUGCACACAGUGACCGAGGAUAACUCCGACCUGGCAGGAAGCGUGAAUGGCGCCGUUUUGGCCGCUUUAGAGAACGUAUUACUUUCCACACACUCCAGCAUGGAACACGUUCUCUUACGCACUCUGGCUGCAGGAACCGUGUGGAACCUGAAGAGCUGUCUGUCCUCCACACAUCAGGCCGAGGCUCUCUCUGCCGUCGUGAAGACUCUGGCGUGCUGUCUCAGUCUGGACGCCGGAGAGCUGAACGCAGGCCUGUGGCAGAAAGAGUCGAGUCGCCUGGCCAGCGGCGAUACGGCUGAUCCGGAGUCAGCUGGGACGGAGGAGCAGCAAGAGGAAGAGGAGAUGGACGAGGGAGAGAUGAAUAUGAAUCGAAGAAAGAGGAACGGGAAAAAGAUGGAAAAAGAUUUCGCUGCUUUUCAGCCUAGGGACGAAUCAGAGCUGAGAGAAGCUGUAGCACUACUGACAGCACAGCAAACGUCACUGGAGAUCAUCGUCAACAUGUGUUGCUCAGAUGAACCCUCCGAUGAUGAGUGGGAGGAGAUGUCGAGCAGUGAUGAGAGUGAGAUAUAUACUGAUGGUGUGGCAGAGGGAAAUUCCAGCCUCUUCUCUCCUCUCUGCCUUUCUGCAGAGUUACACACACUGCUGCUGAACUACAGCAUACCACAGCAGGUCCUGAAGAAAGCAGAGUUUCCCAGCCGUACUGCUCUGGACCUUUGCGGCAGGAGUCCAGCGUGGAAGUGCCUCAUUAAGAAAAUGCAGCGGGUGCAGUGUCGGGCUCUGACGUGUCUCCAUAACAUGCUGGCUGUGAUGGAUGUGGAGUGUUUGGGUGGAGCUGCAGGACUGCAGGCCAUCGCUGAGCACCUCUCGUCUCUGCUCUUCAGCUCAGCAGACAUUUUGAAGGAUGAGGAGUUCUUGGAGGCGGUAACCAGUGCCAUGCGCUCGCUGCUCCAAAUAAUGGCCUCCAAAAAUAUCCCACAGUGUAUGAGUCCUCAGCAGUUGAUGAGUGUGUGUGAAGCAGCAAUGCAGUGCGAUGUCGUGAGUGUGAGGGUGAAUGCUCUUGCCAUUCUGGGCAUCACAGGAAGCACGUUGGCUAAAGACAAGGGAUCUGCUGAGACCCUGCAGCUGAUCGGGAACGCACUGUUGAGCGUACCGUCGAAAGACAGGAACCUGGUGGCGUGCGGAGAGGCGCUGGACGCCCUGUUCGACGUUUUCGCGGACGGCGAGGAGGCUGAGCAAGCGGCGCAGAACAUCAACCUGCUCGCAGCUCUCAAAUCCCUGCAGCCUGUGUUCACUGCCAAGAUCCGGAAAGAAGGCCGGGAGAAGUACAGCCCGGAUCAGCUGUGCGUCCUGGAAAACGUCAAGGUUAACCUGCGCAGGUUUAUCGGCUACCUGGAGUCACUGCAGAAGAAAUAGAACGCGGAAAUCAGACACGACGGACUUGAAUGUGAGGUUUUGGGGAUUAAAACUCCGAUCAGGAAUCUGUAGAACUGGCAGGCCAGUUUUUAGUUUUGGGUUUGACUAAUUACUCAGAACAACAGCACAUGUACAUCAUCUAUAUUUGAGAUUUGAAUGGCAAUUAAUUUAAGAAUAAGAUGUGUGGUUUUUUUUUUUUUUUUAAAUGAUUCCACGAAUUUAGAGGAUUAAAUAAUACCCUAGUUCAAGAGAUAAAAUGUUACCGAGGGUGGUCUGGAUCAGUAUCGGUAUAAUUACUUAUGAUUCGAGUAAUUACUUACUCGAAAUAGCCAUACAGUAGAAAUAUUUUCAGUAUUAUUUUCCUUACAUUGGUGACAUGGCGAGAUUAUUUAUUGUUUAAAAAAAAAAAAGGACAUUUAACAAAUAAACAAAAUUGAACACGUUCUUUUGGAUGCUUUACAUCCAAAGAAAAUAACACUGUGCUUUUUCUAUCAAUAGUUAAUUUUUUUUUUUUUAUUUCAAUAUAAUUACCCAAGUGAAAUUUCUUUCUUCAUUUUUUUUAACCUCAUGUCUCUGGGGGUCACAGAUCUGAUCAUUUGUUGCCGUUUAAUUUUACAACCCAAUAUAGUGCAUCACUUAAAAAAAAAAAAGAAAGGAAUUCGGAAUUAUAUUUUAUUUAUUUACAGAAAUAUGUCAAGCGCAAGCAUGGAUUGAAGUUCUGAUGCUGGUUUGGACGUUCCUGAUUAGGCAUUGAAGGACAAAUCCAAAUAUUGGUCUAAAAAAAGUAGCUCUGAGAAAGAAAUAUAAAUAUGACAGGACGUGAUCAGGCAUUGAUUUGAUUUUCUUUGAAUGGAGAUGUUCAAAUGCUUGAAAGUUAAUAAAGUCUUGAGUGGGAAUUAAACUGCGAGAUCUAAUGGAAAUAUCUGAGCAUCAUAUGUACCGGUAUGGUGUUGUGUUUCAGAGCGAAUUGUAGGCUGUCCUGUUGUGUAGAGUGUAAAAGGAGUGAUUGUUUGAGGUUAUAGAAGUGUGAAAUAUUUUUUUUUUUUUUUUGAGGAAACAUCAGCUGAAAAAUUUUCUGUGUGAUAAACAGUUAUUCCACAAAAUCAAGUCGUACAUGAGCUGAUAGUCAACGAGGCGCGUAGCACCGAGUCGUCUAUAAUCCAUGUACGAUGAGAUUGAGUGGAAUAACUGUUGUAUUCUAUCCACAUUCACUGGAUUUUGAGAAACGGAGCAAUUUUAUUUUUAUUUUUUGCAAAUUCGAUAAACACUUUAUACCAAACGUCUGACAAAAUAAUUUCCGCUUAGAACGUAAACAAACCGGCGAAAUGACAGGAACAAUUUGUGAAAAAUGUAAAGAUGAUGAUAAUUCUUGAAAAAUAAAAAAAAGAUACGUUCUUACCAUCAAAUACUUUUAUCCCAUAUCUUGUUGCUCUUUUUUUUUCCAUAUUUUUUGCAGUUUUGUUUUUGAGUAAAGUUUUUAUUUCAUCCUCGGUUGGUUCAGCAACACACUCCGCCAUUUUGUUUUUCUCUACUUGCCGUAUAUGAGCUGAUAUCCUAGUAGUAGAGUAGCCAAUCGGAGCGUGCAAUUGCUCAUAUCCAGUGAGUGUGGAUAGAAUAAAUAUCAUUUGUAUGAAUACGGAGGUGAUUCUAGAAAAUCACGCAUGAUGAUUGGUCGAGAGAUUCGGACUAUUUCUUGAUAAUCACCUCGAGUGACUCGGCAAAAUGGCGGCCGAUCGCUUCGUCACUGUAAGUGAGGAGGAAUUCCAAAUGAUGAAAGAAAACGCUGUUCCUAAAAGCACUAAAGAUGCUAUGAAGUUUGGUUUAAAACUAUUCAAAGGUCAGGUGGGAUUGUGAUUUAUCUUAUCGAUUUCAAAACAAAGUAUUUCAUGUGACUCGGCGUAGAUCAGUGACACAAGUCUGCGCUGCGCCGUUAUUACAUUUGCAUGCUGCUUUUGAAGAGUGAAAUAAAUUAUUUUUUAAUACGUUUUUUUUUUUUUUAAAUAAUCACCUGUGUAUUUAUACUAAAACAGUUACCCGCCUCAGGCUCAGUGAAUAAUAACCGAGAUGAAUGAUCACUAAAUAGUCACAAACAUCUAAAAGAGUAAGGCAAGUUUAAAAAAAAAAAAAGGAUUUUAUUUUCAGCAGUCUCGUUCUCUGUUUAACAGUUUUGAAAAAUAUGCAGUACUUUUAUACAGAAAAUAUACAGAAAAAUAUCAUGUCCUUUCCUAACCUUGUGGUUCGGUGUCCAGUUUUGCUUCUUUACUUUGGGAAUGACGGAAGCUGGUGUCUGUCAGCUGCUCACUGGAAAUCCGUCUCCCUUAAAUCCUUUCCAUAAACACACAACCGCAUCUUUGUGUACUUGCUUCACACAUCGUUAACCUUAUUCAUACGAAAGCUCUCUCGGAAUUCUUUCAAGUAUUGAUUAAUUUCCUAUAACGGCGGUAAACCGGCUGCGAAAUGCGUACUAAUGUACGCGUUAGCGUUUCUACAGUAACAGCUCGUUCACAACGACUAAUACUAUAUGUGAUCUGAUUACCUGGAAUGUAAGUGACUCGUUUCAAGGACGAUCCAAAACAUUAAAAGUAACUAUAAAUGGAUAAAAUGGACAGUGAGAUGUUGUGUUAUUCGAUAAAUAAAACAUAUCAUCGUUGCCAGAUUGCUGUUGUAAUCAGAUAAACAGCUUCACAUCACACCCCACAACAGAGUUGAUGUAUUUCCUCUAACAGCACAACAUGGAAUUAAUUUUGCUUCAUAUCGUCAUUAUAGGAAAGAUGGCUCAAAGAUAGAGCGGUGUAAUUUCACUUUGAUUUUCCGUGUAAAAUAGUCAGAUUAAUCCAUUAAUCGCGGUGUUUUAAGAUUUCAUAGCCGAACCAUUGUUUGAAGUAAAUAUAUGGAGAUUUGUGUGUUUAUUUACAGAAAUGAUUGUGUUACGAGGCUUGUAGCUCCUGUACAGAGCUAAAGAAGCAAACAUCAGACACUAAACAUGAGAGAAAUGUUUAUCUUCAUGCUCUUGUGUAGAAUUGAUUGCACGUUAUCUCUGAUAAUGUAUAAAAAAAAAAGUGUGAAAUUUUUCCUUUGAGUAUAUUGAUGGUUUAUUCUUCGAAGAUUUUUUUUUUGAACAUAAGAUAAUUUCUCAUAUUAAAGCUCUGACUGACUGAAAA